ACCUUCUCUCUUCAAAUCCAGACAAAAGGAUCCGCGGCGGCGCGCACUGAGCCGAGCAUCUGAGCACCUUUGGAGACACCACGGGUUUGAUCCGUAGCGCAAGAACGCACCGGCACACCGACACGCACGCCCUCCAGGUCCACCUGAAACCUUCAAGCCGGUUAAUUGACCUGUUGGAAGGCCGAGGAAAGAGAGUCUGAGCCCCGGUUCAAUCGCAGCCAGAACACCGUGUUCCCAUGAUGUCAUACCUGUGGAUUCUGCUAUUAGGAAGCCUGCUGGCGGCAAGCGCCAAGGCACAAGAUGAUGUAGCCCCAACAGAGGAGGCAGCAGCUCUUGAGACCCCGGCCCCUGAAGCAGAUGCAGCACCAGAGGUCAAUGAAGAAACCGCUGAUGACGAUGAAACUGACCAUACAGCCGAGGAAAUACCAACUGAGCCUGAGCCUGAGCCUGAGCCCGAGCCCGAGCCCGAGCCCGAGCCCGAGCCCGAGCCUGAGUCCGAGCCCGAGUCCGAACCCGAGUCUGAGUCCGAGCCCGAGUCCGAGUCUGAGCCCAAGUCUGAGCCUGAGCCCGAGCCCGAGUCUGAGCCUGAGCCCGCUGCUGACCAUGAAGAUGGAGUCGAUGAACCAGUGACUCCUGCGGUUGAAGACGCAGAACCAACGACAACUGCCCCUGAGGAACCAGAACCAGAACCAGCAGACACUGAGGCAGAAGCAGCUGCAACACAAGAGCCUGCAGCUGAUCCAGAGGUUAAGGAUCCAAAGGCUGAGGAACCAACAGCUAAUGGAGAGGAGGAAGCUACCUCAAACAUUGGUACAACACCUGCUCAGGAGGAGAGUGGACCUAAAGCCACACCAGCAGCAGAUCCAGCUGUAGCAGAUGAGGGAACACUUACUGAUCCAGCUGGUGAUGAAAAUGUAGUACCACAAGUGGAGGUCAUUGUCCCCACAAUUACAGAAGAGAUUGUUGCUAAGGUGAAUGCAGAUGUAGGAUUUAACCUGGAAGAUGCUCUGGCAGGAGGAGAGAAUGCAGUGAACAGCCAAGGACGGAGCCGUUCUGGGGCACAUGUUGCUGGUGCCAUAGGAGAUGCAGACAAACCUAAACCAAACGAGGCCAGCUCCAGCCCAGUAGUAGGCAUCCUGGUUGCAAUUGGUGUGGCUGUAGGGGGAGCAAUCGUUGGAUACUUCACCUUUCAGCAGAAAAAGCUGUGCUUCAAAAAUAGACAGGAAGCAGAUCCAGAAGCUGCACGCAAAGCGGAUACAGCAGAGGCUCAGGCAGAUCCCCAGGUCCUAAGCAACCUGCUGAACUCCUCCUAGACCAGCAAUGAUCGCAUGACUGCCUAGACCAACUACUGGCAAGCAAAGUGGCAAUCUCACUGUUAGGCUCUAUCUUUUGCAGAGCUAAAUUACUGUGAGGCCCCAGAGUAGGGCUGUGUGCAUGUGUAUGUAUGUGUGUAUGUUGGUCUGUGUGAGCCUGUGCGUGUCUGUAUGUGUGUUUGUGCAAAUGUGAGUUCAUUCUUGUGUGGGUUUGUGUGUUUGUGUUUGUGUGUGUGUGUGUGUGUGUGUGUGUGUGUGUGUGUGUGUGUGUGUGUGUGCAUAUAUGUGGGAAGUAAAUAUAUGUGAACCUUAGGGGUUGUAUGAUUGUUAGAAUAUAGGAAUGUAUUAAAUGAUUGGACAAACUUUCUACUUUGAACCAAAUCCAAGAUUUUUUUAAGAGUGGACAUUAAAGGGAUUACAUCUCAAAUUAACCAUAAAGUGGCUAAAUUAUAGAACUGCCGUUUUUAUUUUAUUUGUAUGGCUACUAUCCAGUUCUAGUUAUUCAGUGUGAGUAUAAACCAGUGACAGUCAUGGAUGUUUUAGAUGUUUAACUUUGUACUGAAUUCUUAAAAGUAGAUUUUUUGUUAUGCUAAUUAUGUUGUUGUUUGAGACACACAUAUGAUUUAGAAAAUCAACUGGCAACAGCCACUUAAGUAAAACAUUUUUUUCUUUUUGUAAUUGUCUGCAGUACAUAUGCAGGGUAGAUGGAUAACAGGGGGCUUCAAUAACUACCACUGUAUUUCCUGGAUUCUGGCGAGGAAAAAAUAGUAUAAGAUUAUAGGUGGGCCACUGAUAUCACUGUAUGUGUGCAUGUGUUUGUGUGUGGGUGUCUUUUUUGGGUUGGUGAAGGGGCUAAGAUUUAAAUCUGGUUGGGUGACUACCACUUCUCCUCAGUCAGUUUAAUAAAUUAGAGUAGAAGAGUGGAAUUUCCAAUUAAACACAAACAAAAUAAAAAUGAUACAAACUCAGUUAAUUCAUUUCAAAUUGAUUGAACUAUUAAAACAUAUCAUAUGUAUAUACUGACAUGAGUUGAAGUGAAGUCUACUCCAACCCUGUUUCUGUCAAUGGGUGAAGGUUCACCUGACAUGGAAAAAUUCAAAAGAAGUCAUGUAGUAGUGUAUUAGACCUUUUUUUGUUGUAGUAUGUGUCAGUCUAGUUGUGAUGCAGUAAUUUCUAUAGUGCCUUUCACUGACACAGCCUGGCUUGACCAAUCUACAGACACACAGGGAGAGAGCUGGCACAAUAAACGUGAAAACAGGCAAAUAAGUAGUUGAAUGUAUCAAAAUAUACUAGACAAUUGAGGAAUGUAUGAUCUUAAUUCAUUCAUAAUUAAUGUUGGUGGUUGAAAAGCCUCACCUUAAACUGCUUGUGUAUGUGAAUCUGUUACAUUAUUCUAACAGCUGAUGUUUAUCUGUUCACAGUGGGCUAGUUGCUGUUUAAUUUCCAAUACUUUUUUAACUAAUAUACCGCAUUCCAAACUCUUUUAACAGCCUCACAUUUCAGCAGUACAAGUAUCCUUAUUGUGUGUCUCUUUAUUUGAGCAAGCCAGUUGCUGUCACAGUGUUUUUGUAUCAUUCAUAUUACCACGUAACACCAUUCACCUGUGAUUUUUUUAUAUGAAUUUUACAUUUAGCAGUGUUGCCUCAGAGCUGACACAGAUAGUCUAUAGUCAACUUGUUUGCUGUAGUAUUUUGUGAAUAUUAUUGUGAAAAGCCUCAGAAGCAACCCUACUGCAUUUUAAAGAAGAAAAAAAGCCCAACAGUUUUUUUUGCGACUGUAGCACAAAAAUAUUAACUUCUGAAUGUCUUUUUGUUGCCUUGCAGUUUUGUACUUGCUCUGCUCCCUUUAAACUUUGAAAUAGGGUUAUAGAGGUUGCAUAGUGCUGCAGUUCAUGUCAAGUGUGUAACUUGUAAAGCACCAUAUAGCUGCAAUACAGGACAGAGACUGUUUUUAACAGCCUAGCCUCAAGCUGAGAAAUAUUAAUAGUCUGUGAUGUCAAAUAUUGAUUAAUCCUACUGCAUAAACUGUGGGCUGGACGCCGGGUCAAAGCUCGGUUUGAAAUGCCUUCUUAUCCUGUAAUCUGUGAUAGAUAAAUGGAUGGUGUGUCUGAAAUCUCUUACUGCAUCUGCUACAAUGGCAUAGAGUGAUAAUGCACAAAAUAUCCACUAAAUAACAAGCUUUCAGAUAUAGCCACUGAUGCCUUCAAAACAAAACUUCCUCCUUUAAAUGCAGUACUUGCCCCCUUUGAGCACUCCAAUAAGUUAAAUAGGAAUCAACAAAAGCACUCCACUGUCCUGCAGUGCACAUUCAGAAACCUUACUGGCCUGGGACUGAUUUGAUGUAAAGGAGACUAAAACAGCAAUACAUCGAUAAAAAAUGGCACAAGGAAUGCUUGUGUUUUGAGCAUUAUGGUCCACUCCCAAAUAGUCACAUUCCUUGUAAACAUAACUAUAACACAAACUAUUGGAGCAUUGCAUCCAAACCAGAAUGUAAAAUCAAGGAAAUCGUAGACCUAUUGGGUCCUGAAGUGCACUUCCCAGAUAAUGCCAAGGCAUCAAUCGUGGCGCUGACCAGUCCUGCCUUAUACCGCCUCUUGAGUAUUCCAGAGAGGAAAAUGUCAUCAUCAGAACGGAAACGGUUAAACAAACAGAGAUGCUUUGCAGGUGAUUUUAAUAACACAAUCUCUAUGGGAGAAGCACUUUCCUAUCCUGUAUACAUCUUGAUUCAUUAAACGUAUUUAGACAAUUCAUUUUUGAUUCAUACUAGUGACCCUUUUUAUUUAAAUACACUGUUUUUAUUUUGUGCAGGAUCUGUCUUCAUUUUUUGUCAUCUGGCACUUGUGUUGUUCUUCUGGAAAUGUGUAAAAAAAUGUUCGCGGAGUCAAUUAAACAGUUUUUGUGGGA